AUGUUGCCCACUAUCAUCCUCAGCCUUGCACUCGUGGUAACAAGCUUCGCCCAGGCACCAGAAGGGCACCGCACUGUUUACAUCACUUCAGCUCAAGAUGCCAAAUUCGUUGUCGUUCCCAAAUCGCGCAUCGCAGGCGCACCUCUUGUAGUCCAAUCUCUGACCAAAUCUCCUUCGCAAACGUGGUAUCUUGCUGCACCAUCAAACAGCACCUCGAUCCAACUUGCCUCCACAACCCUAUGCAUGGACGCCGGCCCCAAAUCUGGGUGGAAGGACAUGGCGCUCGUUUACCUCCGCGAAUGCGCACCCAAGGCGGAGUCUCAGACUUGGAUUUCUAUGGAUGAUGGGCGCAUUGCACUCGAGGCUAGUGUGGGUACCAAGCAGUGUCUUGAUCUACAAUACAUAAGAGCUGUGGAGAAUAACCCUGUGGGUAUGUAUAAUUGCGCGGGGCUGGGGAACAUCGGGGCGAAGGAUAAGGGUAUCAAUUGGCCGCUUAAGGAUGCCUGA